GACGCUAAGCGCUGACAUGUCUCUGAAGACUAAUUCUUAGCUCCACAAUUAUUUUUAUACCCUGCGUACGAGUGCGUGGGAGUGUCGAUAGCGCCCCUCCUUCGCAGUCUGGUUAGUAUAUAACCUUAUAGCAAAUACCUUCCACCCAGUUCGACUAGCUCACGGAGACCCCCUUGAAGGUGUACUGUGAGGAGACCAAUAAAGAAGUCCCAUUGGCAUUUGAGCCGUACUUUUUUUUACUUAAAACAAAGCAACACAGAAGCAGAAUGCGCGAGUGUAUAUCUGUCCAUGUAGGACAGGCAGGUGUCCAGAUGGGCAACACUUGCUGGGAGCUGUACUGCUUGGAGCAUGGCAUCCAGCCUGACGGGCAAAUGCCCAGCCACAAGCCAGUGGGCGGCCAUGACGACUCCUUCACCACCUUCUUCAGUGAGACCGGUGCUGGCAAGUAUGUCCCCCGUGCCAUCUUUGUUGACCUGGAGCCCACUGUCAUCGAUGAAGUACGCACAGGUAACUACAGACAGCUGUUCCACCCUGAGCAGCUCAUUUCAGGCAAGGAAGAUGCUGCCAACAACUACGCCCGUGGGCACUACACCAUUGGCAAAGAGAUCAUCGAUUCAGUUCUGGACCGGAUACGUAAACUGGCUGACCAGUGCACAGGGCUACAAGGCUUCCUGGUGUUCCACAGCUUUGGUGGUGGUACUGGGUCUGGGUUCACCUCCCUGCUGAUGGAGCGCCUCUCUGUUGACUUUGGCAAGAAGUCCAAGCUGGAGUUUGCCAUUUACCCAGCUCCUCAGGUGUCCACAGCUGUGGUGGAGCCCUACAACUCCAUCCUGACCACCCACACCACCCUGGAGCACUCCGACUGUGCCUUCAUGGUGGACAACGAGGCCAUCUAUGACAUCUGUCGCAGGAACCUGGAUAUUGAACGUCCAUCCUACACCAACCUCAACAGGCUCAUCAGCCAAAUUGUGUCCUCUAUCACAGCCUCCCUCCGAUUUGAUGGUGCCCUCAAUGUGGAUCUGACAGAGUUCCAGACCAACUUGGUCCCCUACCCCCGUAUCCACUUCCCGCUGGCUACUUACGCCCCAGUAAUCUCUGCUGAGAAGGCCUACCAUGAGCAGCUGUCUGUGGCCGAGAUCACCAACUCCUGUUUUGAACCCUCAAACCAGAUGGUGAAGUGUGACCCCCGUCAUGGCAAGUACAUGGCCUGCUGUCUGCUGUACCGUGGAGACGUGGUGCCCAAAGAUGUAAACGUAGCUAUUGCUGCCAUCAAGACCAAGAGGAGCAUCCAGUUUGUGGACUGGUGUCCCACCGGUUUCAAGGUGGGUAUCAACUACCAGCCUCCCACUGUGGUGCCUGGAGGGGACCUGGCCAAGGUCCAGAGGGCUGUGUGCAUGCUGAGCAACACCACCGCCAUCGCUGAGGCCUGGGCCCGCCUGGACCACAAGUUUGACCUGAUGUAUGCCAAGCGUGCCUUUGUCCACUGGUAUGUGGGAGAGGGCAUGGAAGAGGGAGAGUUCUCUGAGGCCAGAGAAGACAUGGCAGCCCUGGAGAAGGACUAUGAAGAAGUGGGCAUUGACUCCUUUGAGGAAGAUGAAGAGGGGGAAGAGUACUAGAAUGAUGCCUGUGAAGCCAAAGAAAAAUGUCUAGAUGUAAUGGGUAAUAAAUGUAAUACUGAAAAAUUAAAUUCUUAACCAAACACUUCAAGUGACAUGAUGUAUUUCCUUUUUAUAAACAUUCUUCCCACCAUAACUUCAUUACCAAAGAAGUUACUUGUUUUCUUCUUUCUGAGUUCUGUCCAAGACUACCACAGAGUGUGUACCAUGGAAAAUGGAUAUUUUUGUAUCGAAAUGACCUCAUGGCUCCUCUGAUCAAUUCCAUUCAAAGACUAAAUUACUGCCAAACAUGUGCUUAAUAAAGUUAUCUCACAACACCA